AUGCAGUCCGAGCCCGUAAGCGCGUCCUCGUCGGUCCGGGUGGCCGUCCGCGUCCGCCCGCUCUCGGACCGCGAGGCGUCGAUGGGCGGGACGGCGGUGAUCCGGACAGAGGGCCAGACGGUCGUGGUUGAGCCGCCGCCAUCGGCCACGUCGCUGGCACCACCGCAGCGCUCGUUUACCUUUGACUACUGCUUCGACUCGCAGCCGACGGCCAAGGGAAAGCCGGCGUCACAGGCCGACGUCUUUACCGCCCUCGGCUCCGAGCUCAUCCGCGACGCCUGGUCCGGCUACAACUGCUCGCUCUUUGCCUACGGUGUCACUGGUGCCGGCAAGUCGUACUCGAUGAUCGGAACGCAUGAGGCUCGCGGCCUCAUCCCGCGCAUCUACUCGGCCCUCUUUGAUUCGAUGGUCGCCGCGUCGGCCAACUCACCGCAGGCCCAGUUCUCCAUCGAGGUCUCGUUCUCGGAGAUCUACAACGAGCGGGUUAAGGACUUGCUCAACCCGGCCAUGGGCUCAGCUCUUCGCGUCCGCGAACAUCCGGUCACCGGGCCGUAUGUCGAGAACCUCUCGCGGGUCUCGGUCUCUGACCUCGACGCCCUCGAUUCUGUCCUCGAGCAGGGCUUCGCCCUCCGCGCCACCGCCGCCACCAACAUCAACGCCGGCUCCUCGCGCUCGCACGCCAUCUUUACCAUGGUCUUUACUCAGACCACCUUUGACCCAGCAACCAACACCAUUGCCGACAAGGUCUCUAAGAUCAAUCUCGUCGACCUGGCCGGCUCGGAGCGCGUGGCGCUCUCUGGCGCCCAGGGCCAGCAGCUGAAGGAGGCCGGAACCAUCAACAAGUCACUCUUCUACCUCUCCAAGGUCAUUACCGAGCUCUCAGACGGCGCCCGCCACAUCUCCUACCGCGAGUCGGUCCUCACCUGGCUCCUCAAGGAGUCGCUCGGCGGCAACGCCAAGACCAUCAUGCUCGCCAACAUCUCGCCCGCGGACACCGUGCUAGAGGAGACCAUGUCGACUCUCCGCUACGCCGUCCGUGCCUCGUCCAUCGUCAACGCAGCCGUUGUCAACGAGGAUCCCACCGUCGCCCUCAUCAACUCGCUCCGUUCCGAGAUCGAGCGUCUGCGCUCGGCGCUUUCGGCAUCAGGCAAGCCGGCCUCGCCGGGAGCUGCCGCCUCUGACGGCGCAGCCUCUACUGGUACGCCAUUCAAACUCCACCGCGGUGACUUGUACUCGCCAGCCGCUCCGUCGCGCGAGCUCCAGCUCGACUACGCAUCUCCGGUGGCGUCCAUGGCACCCUCCACCUCAGCCUCGGACUUUGAGGAGAUGCGCGCGUGGUCGCAGUCAAUCCAGCGCCACUGCGAUGACUCGAGGAACCUCAUUCUCUCGCUCAUGAUGGCAUCCAACGGGCCCGGUUCUGCUCCAGCUGCCGGCGAGGCCGCGAGUCCGCGCACCACAGGCGAGCACCCGGUCUCGCCGUCACUCGACCCAGCGCUCGCGGCUGCGCUGCACGACAUGGAGGGUGGUGUGAGUGGUCCUGGCUCGGCAGCCAUGGCCGCUGCCGGCAAGUGGUCGAAACUCGAGAUCAUCCGCGUGUAUCAGCGCUCGCCGUUCUUCCGCAACGUCACGUCUGUUCUCGCCAUGGACUCGGUCGCGCUGUUCUACAUCUCGUCGUCGGGCGUGACUCAGCUCGGCUCGGAGCUCUCGGACGAGGAUCCUGGCUCGAUCCGCAUUGUGGGCCCGGGUGUCCUACCCAAGCACGCCACGCUCGUGUGCACUGCGCCACUUGGCGGUCCGUCGACCGUCCACCUCUGGCCGCUCCCGCUUGCGCACACGGCGGUCAACGGCAAGUCGGUUACGAGCGGGACACAGCUGACGUCAGGUGACGUUGUCCAGUUUGGCUCGGCGCUCAAGUUUGCUUUUCACGAUGCGCCGCUCUUCCGCAGCUCGGCACAAGUGGCCGAGCUGCUCCAUCCGUCUCCGCCACGGGUGACCCAAGCCCUGGCCGCGGCAUGCUCACCCUCGUCGCCAACGUCCGAGUCAUCUGAAGCGACGACGCCGCCAGUGGCAUCGGCACCGCGUCCGCGGCCGGCAGCAACAGCAACCGCAGCCGCAGUUCCGACCUCGGCCGCGCGCACACCUGCGCGAGCAAGCCCGCAAGCCUCGGGCGAGCUGCCUCGCAAGGUCAAGCUCAAGAUUGUGAUGGCGGACCUCGGUGUGACGAGAUCGGUCACGCUCCUGCCGACCACAACCGUGGAGGAGGUGUGCAAGCGAGCGGCCAAGCUGACACGGACCGGCACGCCGGGUGCUUUGUUUGUGCCGCGCGCCGGAAACAGCAGUGGCGAGCGGCUAGUCCUCCCUCACGAGUCACUCGAAGCAAUCCGGGUCAGUGGCGCCCGGGUGGUGUACCGGUCGACAGCGCCCGUCGCAGUUCACCUUCCAGACAGCGCGGUAGUCCAAGUCGAGCUCACCGGAUCCGGUACCGUGGCUGAGCUGGCCGACGGCGUAGCGGCACUGACUAGAGCCGCUUCGUCCGAGUUUAAGCUCUUCAUGGAGCUGUCCGGUCGGCUGGCACCGCUGCUCGACACCGACAUGCCGCUUGUCCUCCUCUCGGCCAACGCGCUGCAGCAUCCGGGCUCCAAAACGCGCAUCGUGCUCAAGCGCAAGCGGAGCAGCAAGGCGAGCGGCAAGCCGCCGCGGCCACGGCCGACACCGAGGUAG